UGGGUUACAAUUGAGAUUUAUCCAGUUGCACAUGAGGUUGCAUGUAGGAAAAACAUCCACUUCGUGAUUCGUGUUAGUCAUGAGUUGCAACUCAUAAAAAUAACCGGACCGUUGUAUUGCUUCGUGCUAGUCAUGAAGAUGGUUGCCAGAUAUUGUGGAACUCCUCUUCCUCCUGGUCACCCAGAUAUGCUGGCCGGCAAGGCAAUGCCCCCUCGUCAGCAUCAGGUCUACGCACCAUGUCACACCACUGCGUCUUCAGCUAGGCUAUCUUCAUACAGUACCUAGCUAGCUUACUGUGCAUAGCUCGCAUACUUAUAUACACACGCGUGCAUGCAUUAGCUCGAUCCAUCCAUCCGUCAUAACCCGACCGUCCGGCAUCAAUCUUGGUAGCCCUCCCUGCUAACUAAUUUGAGCCCCGCGACAUGGCAGCCGCAACGGAGAAGGGCGGGAGGAGGAAGAGCCUGGCGUCGAGGACGCUGGAGCGGUGCAGGUCCGGGCUCACGAGCGCCGCCGGGAAGCCGUCCACGGUGGCGGGGUGCUUCUCGGUGUACGUGGGGCCGGAGCGGGAGCGGUUCGUGGUGCGCGCCGACCGGGCCAACCACCCACUCUUCCGGCGCCUCCUCGACGACGCCGAGCGCGAGUACGGCUACGCGGCGCAGGGUCCCCUCGCGCUGCCCUGCGCCGUCGACGCCUUCCUCGACGUCCUCUGGCACAUGAACCACGACAGCGACGACGGCGAUAGCGUGGUUGCACCGACGUCUCCGAUCUGCGGCCUCCAGCGCGGCGGCGGCGGAGGCAACAAGGGCCGGGCGGCGGGGCACCGGGUGCUCAGCACGGCCAAGUCGUCGCCGGCCUCCUUCUUCCUCUCGUCCAAGGCUUCUCUGACGACGAUGACGGAUGGCAAGAGGAGGUGAUCGAGCGAGCUGCUAGUAUCUGCGCGUGGUGCGUCGACCAGUACGUAAUCUUCAUGUACUUAGUCUCUCUCACGCAUUCACGCAUACAGCUUAGCUGAUUUAGGUUGAUAGUAUGAGUCAAGAGAGGAAUAUGCAUCAACGCAUGCAUGCAAGCGUGCGGGUGCUAGUGGAAUCAUUUUCGCAAAAAGCAAAGGAAAUACUCCGUAGAAAUAGGCAUACUUCUUUUUAUACAAAUGUAAAAUACUCAGUACAUGUUUUUAUCAUGGAGCAGAGAUCAAGCAAGUAACUACAAAGUCUACAGAUAGUUGUGGACGGCCUAUAUAUAUAUGGGACUGCUCAUAUAUCAUGCCACCAGUCCUGCAUGCCACUGUUGACCGGCUCCUGGCUUUUUGGACCUCCAGACACCCUACAACGUAUAAAGUUCCCACCCGGGAAGCACCCCCGGUGCACCCAUGAGUUUAGAUGUACAUAAAUGUUUUUAAAAAAUGUGAAAUAAAUUUACAACAUUGAUGCUACAUGUAUCUAUCAUGUCAUAAAAUUUAAGAACUAAAUCCA